CAUCUGGUAACACCGGCUUAUAUUGAAGCGACGUCGUGUCGCCAUUUUUGCGAGAAAAAAAUAAACGUACAUUUGUUAAAAAUACAAAUUGUGCUAUACAUUAUAUCAAUUUUGCUGAAAUUGAUUUAACGCUUAAGUUUCUAGUGUGUGUCGAUUGUCCACUGUAAUGAGUGGAACACCCCCAAGUAUGCUAUUGUCAAGCAAUGGCGGUGGCAAGGAAAAAGAACGCUCCCGCUCGAAAGACCGCAGCCGAGGUGACAGGGACAAGGAUAAGGACCGAGACAAGAAGAGAAGAGAUCGAGACCGUGAUAGUAGGGACAGAGACGGUGGUAGUAGUCGUCGUCGAGACCGGGACAGUCGAGAACGGGACCGGGAUAGGGAUCGAGAGCGAGACCGUGAUCGUGACUCACGAUCGAAUCGUAGCCGGUCACGUAAUCACGACGACUACGACAGAAGGCGCUCCAAGCGUUCGCGGAGUCGAGACCGCGAUCGAGAUCGUAAACGUGAUCGUGACUCACGAUCGAGACGCAGCAGCUCACGAGGUGGCGAUUAUGAGCGCAGUCGCCGGCGUCGGACGCGUAGCCGCAGUUACGAACGCCAUCGCAGCGAUCGUGAUAGAAGCAGCCGGGACAGGGAUCGAACUGCGGAACGCAGUCAUGUCAAUCCAUUCGAUACGUCGUCCAAUAACCGCAUAUCCUUGCUUGAUCAGGAGAUACGUUUACCAUCGCUAUUCGAUCGCCAGGCCCAAAUGCCAACGGCUUUGGAAACCAUACGUGAGGAGCCCCGCGAAUCUCGUUUUGAUCUCUCACAAACAAUUCAAGAGUUAAUGGGCAAUGCUGGAGUAGCCAAGGGAUUUGCAUCGUUCUUCAACAGUCAAAAUAGCAACGAUUCAACAAGCAAUGGAGCAUUGGACAGUUUUAUGGAAAGUGCGGCUGAUAGGAAACGGAAACGCAAAUCACGUUGGGGUGGUAGCGAAAAUGACAAAACAUUUAUACCCGGCAUGCCCACCAUUUUGCCCUCCACUUUGGAUCCGGCCCAACAGGAGGCUUACUUAGUUCAAUUUCAAAUCGAGGAGAUUAGCCGCAAGCUGCGCACAGGUGAUUUGGGCAUCACACAGAAUCCGGAAGAAAGAUCACCGUCCCCGGAGCCUAUCUAUAGUUCUGAUGGUAAACGUUUGAAUACCCGAGAGUUUCGGUAUCGAAAACGCCUGGAAGAGCAGCGUCAUCAGUUGAUUGUCAAGAUGCAGGCAGUGAAUCCAGAGUUCAAGCCACCAGCGGAUUAUAAGCCGCCAGUUACUCGAGUGAGUGAUAAAGUCUUGAUACCCCAGGAGCAACAUCCUGACAUCAAUUUUGUGGGUCUACUGAUUGGACCACGUGGCAACACAUUAAAAGCCAUGGAAAAGGACACAGGAGCGAAAAUAAUUAUACGUGGCAAGGGUUCUGUGAAGGAGGGUAAAGUGGGUCGUAAAGAUGGACAACCCCUGCCCGGGGAGGAUGAGCCGUUGCAUGCCUUUAUCACUGCUCCCAAUCCGGAGGCUGUGCGAAAGGCUGUGGACAAGAUUAAGGAUGUCAUACGUCAGGGAAUCGAGGUACCAGAGGGACAUAACGAUCUCCGUCGCAUGCAAUUGCGUGAGUUGGCCCAAUUGAAUGGAACUCUGCGAGAGAACGAUAUACAGCGUUGCACUUGCGGGUCCACCGAUCACAAAUCGUGGCAGUGUCCCGACAAACCGAUUAUCACCAAUACCAUUGUGUGCACCUCGUGCGGUGGAACUGGCCACUUGACCAAAGAUUGUCGUAAUAAGCGUCCCGGUGCAGGAGCCCCUGGCAUGACCAAUGAAGAUUCACAGGCCAAGAUCGAUGAAGAAUACUUGAGCUUAAUGGCUGAACUGGGUGAGGGUCCGCCACCGGCUGCGCCCAAAACAGAAGCACCGCCUGCUGCUCCACAGCUGCAUCGUGCAAGCUACAGCAUCUUUGACAAGAAACCAUCGCAGAUGCAGGCCAUCCAAUCCCCACCAGGGAAUUCAUCCCGUGACCAUCAACGCGAUAUGAACAGCUGGGGAUCAGUACCCAGUGGCCAUGAGCAUAGCAACGUGGGAAUGGAUCAACAUGGCAUGGGAAUGGAGCAGCAUGGUUUGGGCUUGGAUCACGGUAUGGGUAUGGGCAUGGAUCAUGGCAUGUCGCCAUUUGUGCCAGCACCACCACCAGUGGCUCAGGCUCCGCCGCCAAUGCCUCCACCACUGAUGCCCUGGAUGAGCGCACCACUUCCACCGCCACCGGCUACAGAGCCCAUAAAUCCACCCAUCCCAGGCACAUUGCCGCCAUGGAUGAGUGCACCGCUUCCACCGCCGCCGGCUACCGAGCCUAUGAAUCCACCCAUCCCGGGCACACUACCGCCGUGGAUGAGUGCACCGCUCCCACCGCCACCGCCUUGUGCUCCGCCUCCACCAUCCUUAUCUCUAGCCCAACCGCCACCCCCUCCUCCACCAUCCAAUUAAGCAUGCUUCACUUUUAAUAUGACCACAGUGCUCAACCCAUAUGCGACUGGCCCUGCAAUCAAUUUAGUAACCUUUGACUAUUCACUUAACUAUUAUUAUAUAAUCUAAAUAACUAAUUCGUAUUCUAUACUGCUGCUUCAGUAAACUAAAAUGCAAAUUACUAUUAAACAAGUAAAUCAAA